UUGAGGUUCUGAAAACCUUUUUAAAGAACCCCUCUGUGGAGAAAGAAGACAGCUGCUGAAUUCUGAAGUCAUAUAGUGAGAAAUCAUGAAGUUUCUGGCUGCCCAGCCCGGAGUAGCAUUAGCCCGAGGAGGAGUUUUCUACCUUCAGCACUCCCAGCAGAUGGGCUUCGUGUGUGCACCUGAAUCCUCUGGCUCCCCUGCCAGCUGGAGCAACUCACAGUGAGAGGAAGAGUCUGCUGACGGUGCGGGUCAUGGACUUGGUCACCCCGACGGCCAUCUUGCCCCUGCUGUUGGGCUGUGUGGGACUUUUCAGUUUCUUCAAGCUGCGGCAGCGCGAGCGGAUGAAAGCCUAUGUCCAGGACGCUGUGGUGGUCAUCACGGGCGCUACCUCAGGACUGGGGCGAGAGUGUGCCAAAGUCUUCUACGCUGCGGGCGCUAAGCUGGUGCUCUGUGGCCGGAACAGGGAGGCCCUAGAAGAGCUCACCAAAGAACUCGCUGCUUCUCAGGCCACCAAGGUGCAGACACACACGCCUCACACGGUGACUUUCGACCUGGCCGACACGGGGACCGUGGUAGCAGCGGCGGCUGAGAUCCUGCAGCGCUUCGGCCGCGUCGACGUGCUCAUCAACAACGCGGGCGUCAGCUACCGCGGCGCCAUCCUGGACACCGCCCUGGACGUGGACCAGAGGGUCAUGCAGACCAACUACUUUGGCCCAGUGGCUCUAACGAAAGCGCUCCUGCCCUCCAUGACCGCCAGGCGGCGGGGCCACGUGGUCGCCAUCAGCAGCGUCCAGGGCAAGAUCAGCGUCCCCUUCCGCUCAGCAUACGCAGCCUCCAAACACGCAACCCAGGCAUUCUUUGACUGUCUGCGCGCCGAGAUGGAGCAGUAUGCAGUCAAGGUGACUGUGAUCAGCCCCGGCUACAUCCACACCAACCUCUCUAUAAAUGCCGUCACUGCCGACGGGUCCAGAUAUGGAGUUAUGGACAAGACCACCGCCCAGGGCCGAAUGCCUGUGGAGGUGGCCCGAGAUGUUCUGGCCGCUGUGGGGAAGAAAAAGGAGGACGUGAUUCUGGCCGGCCUAUUGCCUUCCUUGGCCAUUUACCUGCGAACUCUGGCUCCCGGGCUCUUCUUCCGCCUCAUGGCCUCCCGGGCCAGAAAGGAGCAGAAACCCAAGCACUCCUAGUGCCACACGGAACUGGGUGUUUGCCUCACAGGGUCCUGCAGCCUCUCACCCAGCACAGCAAGUGAGCCAACACGUGGUCCAUCAUUCGAUACAACCCAGGGGACACUGGCAUUGGUGCCGGGAAGAAUUCCCGCUUCCCAGUGGGACCAGGCGCCACUCCAAGCAGGAGAUGGGUUUCCUGAGAAGAAGCAGCUGCUGGGGAAGGAGCGUCCCCCCGAAUCCCUGGUACCCUGGACAUGAGACUCGGAAGCCGGUCAGGUGCGAGGGUUCUCUCCGGAGCAGCACCUGCCUCCUGUGGGAACUGCCCUGUCACUGCCAGUCGGGUGGCACAGAGGGUGCCCGUGUCCCCCUUCUGACUUACUAAAGUACACGGUGGGGCCCUGGUCAGGGUGACUCAGCAGUCAGAGCAUCGGCCUGCGGACC